GGUCCUCGUUUUCUUUUGGGAGAAGAAGGUGCCGGUGUUAACCAGGCGCGUACCGCGAUGCCGUUCCCGGCCAGCCACCCCUGCGCCCUCGGUGGAGAUGACGGCAGUGCUUGAAGGCGAUGCUUUUCGCCGGGACUGCGUGGCUGGCGAGAUGGUAACGCCGAGGCGGGGAGCAGCUUCACAGCUCACUGCCCUCACCGGAGCCACCGCCUGAGCAGCGCUGUGCCCCAGCCGGGCGCCCGCAGCCUCCCGCCUCGCGUGGGGAGCAGCACGCCCGCUCCAGGGCUCCUCGGGGACCCGCCGCCCGCCGGCUUCUCUGCCGGCUUUCCUGCCGGCUUCCCUGCCGGCUUCCCUGCCGGCUUCCCUGCGCCAUCCUCGGGCGGCCCGUCCCGCGCACACGUGCCUGGCCAAGUGCCAAGAUCACAGUCAGAAGGGAGUCAUCCCAUGAAGAUUUGUUCAUGAAGCUAAGCUAACUUUCAUGGAUAAAGUUCAAAAAGAAAAGGGAAUGAAUACUGUGUACCCAGACAGCAAUAAACCUUCAGCUGCUGACCACUGACAGAAAUCUAUAGACUACCAGUUUGGGAAACCUCAGCUUUAAACUCUAAAUGAUUCAACAUUUGUAUAGGUUGAGAGCUCUGUGAAGUACAGUGCUGGAAAAGGAAGACGUGCACACGCUUGGAAAAUGCUGAGCUGCUUGUGAAGCUAGAGACACUGCAUGUUUAUGAUUUGGUUUUCUAAGCAAUCUCCAGAGCUUGAACGGAUUUACAGUGAUAUUUUAACAACGCUGCUGGAAUCCAUCACUAGCUUUCACUUACUGAGAAAGCUAAAAGAUGGAAGAAUGUAAUUAUUUCCUCAUAAGCUAAGUGCUAGUGGCUGAUUGUCACGAGAACUUUGAUGCUUUAAACUUCUUCAUCUUCUGAAGGCAAACAGUCCCUCUGAUGACACCGCGAAUCUGGGAAUGAAGAACUUCUUAGAGCUGAUUGGAAAUGGCAUUGCGGAGCUGAAACUUAACUGGAGGAAAUCUAUCUCCUGAAGAAGAAAAUAUAAUGCACUGUAAGGAUCUGCCUUCUGGUGAAAAAUUCAAGCCUAGAGAAAACUUGUCCGCUUUGUUAGGAAGAAUGGGUUGGACAAUUUUCUUCAAUUCCAAAGGAUAUCUGAAUGCCAUGCUGAGCUUAAUCUCUGCAGCAUGCUCUGUGCUUCUCAUCUCUUCCUGAUGCACUGCAUGGUUAUUCUGAAGGGGAGGAUAAAGAAACUGGCCACCAAGAUGGUAAUCACAAGUGGAAAUGAAGAAGAUAAAGGCAGUCAAGAAAAGGAAAGCAAAGAAGAAACCAUCUUGGCAAUGCUUGGAAUUAUUGGGACAAUUCUGAACCUCAUUGUGAUCAUUUUUGUGUAUAUUUAUACAACGUUGUAAACUAGAAGGCAUGCAACUAGACCAGAUAAAACGGCCAUUAAGAGUGACAACAAACACUGUUGACUAUUGACAAGUUCUUUAAUCAGAAUUGACUCUGUAUUAUAUUAACACAUCAUAAAACACUGCCUGAAGGCAGCGAAGACUGAAGCACAAUUAAUUUAACAAGACUUUUUCACACAGUAAUAAGCUUAACUCUUCUCUCCUGCCCUCUCCCUUUCGGUUUGGUUUUCAAUUUUGGGGGAGAAUGACUGCAGUUAUAUAAGUUGUAGCUCUAAAGAAAUCCACCAGGGAUAUAUUGUUUUAACACAAUAAAACAAACAAACAAACAAAAAAAACAAAACAAAACAAAACAAAACAAAAAAAAAAGAAAAAAAAGAAAAAAAGGAAAAAAAAUAAAGGAAAAGAAAGAAACUGUAACCUAUAUAUAAUUAGAAAUGUAUCCUGUAUACCCGCAAAGACUGAACUCAAAGAUAGCUUCAUAGCACAGAUCACGUGUCUGUUAGGUCAAAUGCUUUUUUUUUCUUGGUUUCUGCUUUUACUUACAUUGAAUCUGACAAGCUUUUUAUUUAGAAUGAACAUAUGGUGCAAUCAUGAAAAAAACCAAUUCUGUUGAGCAACUUCUGCCUAAAUCUGAUAAAAUGUUGGGAGAAAUACAUUAUGAGGUUAUUUUUCCUUUCUCAUUUGCUUAACAUCUGUGUCUAUUCAUACCAAUGUUUAUAAAUAUAUAUUUUUAAUAAAUGUGCUAUAUUUUUAGCAUGAACCAAAUAUUUGGAGACACUUGUAUUCAUGCAGCUAAAUUUUGUUUGAUUAAGUGCCCCUUUUGACAAUGGAUGUUAUUUUUCUCAGCAAUUAUAGAGCAGUCUUGUUUGCAGCCCUCUCACUGAGGUCUGAAGCAAGCUCACAUCAUGCUCACAUGCAUGACUUGAAGUUGGAAUGUCAGCUGAAAAGCAUUGCUGCUUAGUAUGGGAAAUAGCAAAACAUUGUAAGGUGACCUUUGGAGACUGGUUGCAGAAAGAAGGCUCUAUUUAUAGUUAAAAAAAGAAAAAGCGAAUGAAAGGAACACUGAGGCAUUUCACAAAAUAUUGCAAAAUUCAUAGAAUUUAUGGCAUUCAGUAUCUGGUCAUGCUCUCUAAGUACUUGUGCUGAGAGAAGUGAGCAGAGGUUUAUACAGUUGAAAAGAGAAAUUUAUAGAGCCUAUAGAGAGGGGCUUAAGUGAAAUCCAGAUUGUAAAUACAGAGUGUAUUUUAAAUGUGAGGAUCAUUAACUCUUUACGCUUCUCUGACAUGUGCUUUAACUGAGUUGGUGCAGUGAAAUUCUCUGAAUUGUGUUUUUGACAGGAAUGUACAAUGAAGAUGACACCAUUUUUCUUCAGAGUUCAGUACCUAUAAAUAUACAAAGCAUUAAAAAUAUGAGACUUCAA